AUGUUUGUUGCGCUGUACGCUCUUAUAGCUUCUUCGCAUGUUCUCGCACAAGGUGGAUCCCAGCAAGCUCCUGUCACCAACGUUCCAAUUGUUGGAUCUCAGCCAGCUCCUGUAACCAAUGUUCCAACCAUUGGAUCCCAGCCAGCUUCUGUCACAAAUGUUCCACCUAUUGGACCACCUAUUGGAUCCCAGCAAGCGCCUGUCACCAGUCUUCCACCAACAGUUCCACCCGCUGGAUCAGGAGACUUGCAGUCUGGCGCCCAGCAAGCUACUGUCACCUCUGUUGCACCUAUUGGACCCCAGCAAGCUCCUGUCACCAAUGUUCCAACUAUCGGAUCCCAGCAAGCUCCUGUCACCAAUGUUCCAACUACUGGAUCUCAGCCAGCUCCUAUCACCAAUCUUCCAACUAUUGGAUCCCAGCCAGCUCCUGUCGACAAUGUUCCAACUAUUGGAUCCCAGCCAGCUCCUGUCACCAGUUUUCCACCAAUAGUUCCACCCGCUGGAUCAGCAGACUUCCAAUCUGGCUCUCAGCAAGCUCCUGUCACCACUUUUACACCUCUUGGACCUCAGCAAGCUCCUGUCACAAAUGUUACCCCUAUUGGAUCCCAGCAAGCUCCUGUCACAGCUGUUGCGCCUAUAUUUCCCCCCAUGGCGGGUGUACCUAACCCAAUUGCUGUUGCGCCCGAUGGCACAUCUCCUGCGCCUAACGCCCCUACGGACCCCACAAAGAAGCCGAAGCUGGCAGCCGGAGUGCUUAAUGCAAUUUCGGGAGGGUUAGUCUGA